CCCCCGUCCCACGUGGUUGGAGGUUUCCAGAAGCGCUGCCACUGCCGCUCCGCGCAGCUCCCGUGCGCCUGGGUGCUUUUAUUUGCUUCCUCGUACGCCCUCCGUCUCGUCGCCAUGAUAAGUGCCAGCCGAGCCGCAGCAGCUCGCCUUGUAGGCGCCGCAGCCUCCCGGGGCCCCGCGGCCGCCCGCCACCAGGAUGGCUGGAAUGGCUUUAGUCAUGAGGCGUUCAGAAUCGUUUCAAGGCGGGAUUAUGCAUCAGAAGCAAUUAAGGGUGCAGUUGUUGGAAUUGAUCUGGGUACUACAAACUCCUGUGUUGCAGUUAUGGAAGGUAAACAAGCAAAGGUGCUGGAGAAUGCCGAAGGUGCCAGGACCACCCCUUCCGUUGUGGCCUUUACUGCAGAUGGUGAGCGUCUUGUUGGCAUGCCAGCCAAGCGACAGGCUGUCACUAACCCGAACAAUACAUUUUAUGCCACCAAACGUCUUAUUGGCCGGCGCUAUGAUGACCCUGAAGUACAGAAAGACAUUAAAAAUGUUCCAUUUAAAAUAGUCCGUGCCUCCAAUGGCGAUGCCUGGGUUGAGGCUCAUGGGAAGCUCUAUUCUCCAAGUCAAAUAGGAGCAUUUGUGUUGAUGAAGAUGAAGGAGACGGCAGAAAACUACUUGGGACAUGCGGCAAAGAAUGCUGUAAUCACAGUCCCAGCUUAUUUCAAUGACUCACAGAGACAGGCUACUAAGGAUGCUGGUCAGAUAUCUGGCCUAAAUGUACUUCGGGUGAUUAAUGAACCCACAGCUGCUGCUCUGGCCUACGGUCUAGACAAAUCUGAAGAUAAAAUCAUUGCUGUGUAUGAUUUAGGUGGUGGAACUUUUGAUAUUUCCAUCCUGGAAAUUCAGAAAGGAGUAUUUGAAGUGAAAUCCACAAAUGGGGACACUUUCUUAGGUGGUGAAGACUUUGACCAGGCCUUGUUACGACACAUUGUGAAGGAGUUCAAGAGGGAGACAGGAGUUGAUUUGACCAAAGACAACAUGGCACUGCAGAGAGUGAGAGAAGCUGCUGAGAAAGCCAAAUGUGAGCUCUCCUCAUCUGUGCAGACCGACAUCAACUUGCCAUAUCUUACAAUGGAUGCUUCCGGACCCAAGCAUUUGAACAUGAAGUUGACCCGGGCUCAAUUUGAGGGAAUUGUUGCAGAUCUGAUCAAGAGGACUAUGGCUCCAUGCCAGAAAGCUAUGCAAGAUGCAGAAGUUAGCAAGAGUGACAUAGGAGAAGUGAUUCUUGUUGGUGGCAUGACUAGGAUGCCCAAGGUCCAGCAGACUGUGCAGGAUCUUUUUGGCCGAGCCCCAAGUAAAGCUGUCAAUCCUGAUGAAGCUGUGGCUAUUGGAGCUGCUAUUCAAGGAGGCGUAUUGGCUGGUGAUGUCACAGAUGUGCUGCUCCUGGAUGUCACUCCCCUGUCUCUGGGUAUUGAGACUCUAGGAGGUGUCUUCACCAAGCUUAUUAACAGGAACACCACUAUUCCAACCAAAAAGAGCCAGGUGUUUUCUACUGCUGCUGAUGGGCAGACUCAAGUCGAGAUUAAAGUAUGUCAAGGGGAGAGAGAGAUGGCUGGAGAUAACAAACUUCUUGGACAGUUCACUUUGAUUGGAAUUCCUCCAGCACCUCGAGGAGUCCCUCAGAUUGAAGUUACAUUUGAUAUUGAUGCCAAUGGGAUUGUACAUGUUUCUGCUAAAGAUAAGGGCACAGGACGUGAGCAGCAGAUUGUAAUCCAGUCUUCAGGUGGAUUAAGCAAAGAUGACAUUGAAAAUAUGGUUAAAAAUGCAGAAAAGUAUGCUGAGGAAGACCGGCGAAAGAAGGAACGGGUUGAAGCAGUUAAUAUGGCUGAAGGAAUCAUUCAUGACACAGAAACCAAGAUGGAAGAAUUCAAGGACCAGUUGCCUGCUGAUGAGUGCAACAAGCUAAAAGAAGAGAUUUCCAAAAUGAGGGAGCUCCUGGCUCGAAAAGACAGCGAAACAGGAGAAAACAUUAGGCAGGCAGCAUCUUCCCUUCAGCAGGCAUCAUUGAAGCUCUUCGAAAUGGCAUACAAAAAGAUGGCAUCCGAGCGAGAAGGCUCUGGGAGUUCUGGCACUGGGGAACAAAAGGAGGAUCAAAAGGAGGAGAAGCAGUAGUAACAGCAGUAAAUUUUGAAGCUGAAAAGAUGGCAUAUGAUGAAGCUUGGGAUUGAAGGGACUUCCUGAGCAGAAAUGAGCAAACUUCAGUCUUUUUACUGUGUUUUUGCAGUAUUCUAUAUAUAAUUUCUUUAAUAUAUAAAUUUAGUGACCGUUAUUAGCAAAUGAUCGUUUAAUGGGUGAUAAUUGCAACAGUAUAGCAUUCACUGUGUUUUGUCCUGGCCUGUCACCAUUUUUUAGCUGCAUGUAAGAGAGGGCAGUACAAUUUAUUGAUAACUAUAAAGACUUAACAUGGCUUUGUGUGUUCAAGGGGUGAAACCAUCUCACACACAACAAUAAAGAUAGUCAGCCAAAGAUCUAGAACAAGACUGGGGAUGAGAUCUUUUUAUGUUAGAAGUACUGCUAUACCGAAUCUGUGUAAAUGGGGUCCUUUAACUGAGGCCUUACUAGGCAAGCCAGUAGCUGUGCCGUGUUUGUAAGUGGGUGGGACAGAAGAAUGGAAAACUAAGCUAGCUACUUAAAUAGCAUCUAAAACAAGGUAGUAAUGAGGCUCCCUAAAUUUCCCUAAGGCAUACUUUUCUAGCUACCUAUGGGUCUGUGUCCUGCCACCUCCAUCCCUGAGGUUGUUCUUUGGAUCCAACUUUUUUUUUUUUUUU